AAAAAAAAAAAAAAAAGGUCUCAAAGGCGUCUUUGAGAAGUCAGACCUGACUGGUCCGUAGCGGCGUUCGUGAAGUUUAGUGGCCCUCCCAUAUCCAUCUAUCUGCCCUGACUGCUUGCUACUGGACUGGCGGAUGCGCAGGGGUAAACGUGGAUCGGCUGCUUUGAUUUGAACCCUUUUGCCAGUUAGCAGACCAAACUCCGCCAACCUCCUGUCAGCCCCUUGUCCUGGCCAAUCACACCGAAUUUCUCCAAACUUCUUCAAGUCCGCCUUUUUGCUGCCCGGGAGCUUCUCUUAAACGGCCUGAUUCCCACCGAUUUGGCGUUCAGUCUGCUUCGUUGUCAAAUUUCUUCUGUCCCAAUGCUCUACAGUUCGGUAUGGACUCUCUCCCCGUGGAGCUUGUAAGGCUCAUUUUCCAGUUUUGCGACCCCGAUGCCGUCAAGGCUCUUCGCGAAUGCUCUCCCAAACUAGCGGAGCUUGGCUACGAAUACCUCGUGCCCCCCGUUUUCCGCUCUUUCUCAUGGCGGGAUGAUGUCAAACGCCUCCAUGCCAUUUCAGGCCACGACCGGCUCAGGGGGGCUAUCCGAGAAGUCUUGAUUGACUUUUCUCAUCCUUUCGAAAUUAGCGACUGUCAUGCUUCCUUCCUUCAAACCGAAGGCGACGACGAACCCGAUACUAGUCUGCAGAGUGCAUGGGAACGAUACCGCCAGAUUGAGGCUCUCCGAAAGAGUGCUACUCCUUUCGACGCGCAGGUGGACCUGCUGAGCGAGGCAUUCUCGAGGCUGCCCAACCUUCAGGAUGUCAGAGUCACUUUUAAUAAAACCACUCCAGAUGCUGAGCUCCUGAGCUGUGCCUUGGGACUUCCCAUCAACCGCAAACUUGAUCGCAAACAGGCUUGUUCAAACCUCAAUGCAUUGAUAUCUGCAGCCUCCCAGGCCCAUGUAUCGUCACUUGAGAUCGACCGACUACCCAUGGAGCUCUUCAAGGUUCCUCAACACCGUCAACAUUGGUUCCGGAACUCCCCCGCAGUUCUAGCCAAUCUCACUCGCCUCGAUGUCAUAGUCGAUCCUUCCGAGGUGAUGUUGCCCUCUGCCAAGUUUCGCGCUAUCAACGGCUUCGGGCACUUUUUGCAAUUUGCGACCAAUCUGGAGCAACUCAGCUUGGGAUUUCACAAUUUCGCCAGCCCCCAGUACAAGUUUGCCAUCUGGUUUCAAGAGUUGGUUGGCAGUAGCUUUGCUUUCAAGAAACUGACCGACCUCAAGCUGGAGGGACUGUCUUGCGAUGAGAGCGAUCUCCGCAGGUUCCUGGAGAGGCAUGGAUCUACCCUCAAGCGCCUGCGCCUCGGUGGUGACUGGGCUUCCAAACCCGGUGGACCCGUGGUGGGUGGCAUUCAACUUGGUCGGGGCACUUUCCGAUCACUGUUUACCUCCCUUCAGAACCGACUCCCACACCUUGAAAGAGUGCAUCUUAGUGGACACUUCGAAUGUGGCAUGCUCGACCCAAACUCCCACGAGAAGUACAUCUUCAACCCUAUCCUGAGGGACGACGGUGAAGAUGGCUCUGACGAGGAGCGUGGCAGGACUCUGUACAACAGUGCAGAUGAUGGCCUAGAGUUCGAGAGGUAUCUCUUGCGUGGCGGAGAGUACCCAGGAACUCCAGCACGCUCGCCCAGCCCACAGAGCGCCUAAUGCCCAUGCAUGGACCCUGCUGAGCUGAACUUGGACCUUGUCCCCAUGCGCUGUCUUGUCUGUCACCAAAGCCUUGCGUGUAGGGGGGACAGGGCCCACGUGCCAUACAACAACAGCCGUGCCAAGGCUACGACAAAAAAAACCUGACAUUUCCAACUUGCCAUGCGAUAUACUGUAGCUGCUUGGCUGGCUUGUUCACGACUUACGACAUAAUAUUACUACAAGUUAGACAACAUUGGAUGAGACCUCCUCCGGCAGGGGCAGUCAGUCUCCUACCGUGAUAUUUUUUACACAUUGCCUAGAGGAUACUUCGCAAAGCUGCUCACGCAGUACAUAAGCAUUGUUUGGUGGGCAACGAUGCCCCGGUGUUGGUUUCUUUGCUUCUUACUUUUUUUUUCUUUCUCUUUUUUUGCGCUUUCGCUUUUCUUUCAGUAUUCUGGUGUGUAUUUUUCCCCUUGGGCUCUCUUUGGCGCAUGAAUAUACGAAUGAUUGAUGAUUGGGAUUCAUUUGAGCAAAAUGUAUGUGAACUGAACUGGAAGUCUCGGGAUAUGCCUCUUUGGGCUGGCGCGUUACAUCACAAUUAUGCAUUUCCGAUCCGCUCCAUGAUGACGGGGAGCAUAUCUUUGGCCCCAUUUCCCUGCAUUUCGUCUCCAUCACAGGGCUGCAUUUUUGGGCAAGUGGGAAAGAAAAAAACACAAAAAAAACCUGGCGGGAUGCCAAGGAAAUUGGAGGUAGCUUUACCAGAGAAGGAUUAUACAGGGCAAAUAUUUGGGGUUUUGUAUAGAAAUGUAGAACAAUAGUACCGGUAUUCGGCAA